CAUGCAACUUGCUAAAAGUAAUAUAAAAAUAUUAACAAUCUAAAGUUCAUCCAGAUGUAUUAGAAAAAGAGAAAAUAAAUCCUUAUUUAAAUGACAAUAAACCAUAAUAGAAAUAUCCUAGAGAGAAUUUAAAUGAGAACGAGAAGAAUUUAAAUUUAGGAGGUUCUUAUCAAAAUUAUAUUUAUAACUGUGGUGAAUGUUGUGGAAAUUGUUCAGCAUUUUGUCCAUGUAAUCCAUUUGUAGAAUAUCCAUACAAAAAAAUUGAAUAGGGUUACGUUGGAGUAUAUUUAAGAUUCGGAAAGUAUGUAAAAACAAGUAUAGGAUUGUAUAAUCAUCUUAGUGCCUCCAGGUUUAUAAUAUUUUAAUCCAUGUACAGAUAAAUUAAUAAAAAUUGAUUGUAGAACUUAAAUGAUUGAUUGUGAAAAACAAUUUGUAAUUACAAAAGAUAAUAUUCUUAUAAUGGUUGAUGCAUCUGUCUAUUACAGAGUAUUGGAACCAAAGAAGGCUAUUUUUUACAUUUACGAUAUUAAAAUGGCCAUAUCUUAAAUAACAUUAGCAGCCAUAAAAAGUGUUAUUGGUGCAUAUACCUUAUAAGAUGUGUUAGAAAAAAGAACAGAGAUUUAAGAUUAUAUCUAAUAAUUUGUUGAUGAUCAUGUAGAUGAUUGGGGAAUAGAUAUUGAAUUAAUGAUGAUAAAAGACAUUUAAAUAAAUGAAAAGAUUAAAUCUGCAUUAGCAUAAGCAGCAACAGAACUUAGGUAAAUAUAUAUAUUAUAUUUUAAGAGCUGCAUAAGCAAAGAUUUUAAUUGCUGAAUCUAAUGUUUAAUCAGCUUAAUUAAUGAAAUAGGCUGCUGAAUUAUUAAGUGCUAAAGCAGCUAUGUAAAUUAGAUAUCUUGAAGUCAUUAAUAAAAUAGGUAAUGAAUAACAUACAAAAGUUAUGAUUAUAUGA